ACACACGUCCUCCUUUAUGUUAGCAUUUUGUAUGUGAAAUUACCGAAACUGCUUUCCGGCGUUGUCCCGCCAUUCGACGGAGUUUCGUGAUUAACUUUGUCUAAAUUUCAUCGUUACGAACCUGUGUAUGAGUUUUUCGUUAAAUUCAGCUAAUAAAUCGAGUUUUUUAAUAAACACGCAGUGCUCAUCAUAGUUGGUGUGUCGGCAAAUUUGAAUCCUAGGGAUUUAUUUUGUUUUAUUUCGCUGGGACAUGACAUUUUUGACGUUUUGCUUUCGUAAUUUUUAAAGCGGUUGAUUUAAGUUUGAUGCCUUUAACCUCAAAAUGGAAGAACUGCAAACAGAUUUAUUAAGCACGUACGAGGGCACCGCGAGCAACGAUUUUGGCGAAACAGCGAAUUUAGAUGAUGACAGUUUGAGUAAAAGCGGUUUGGAUCAUUCCAAUGAGGAAAAAUCGAAAGAGUCUGAUAGUCAGGAUACAGGUGUGGAACCCACUAAAGAUGAUAGCAUAGAGACCACAAGUACGAAUGGUGACUCAAACCCAGAAAAUAAAAGCAAUUUAGAGAGUGAAAAUAAACUUGAUGAUACUGACGAAAAGGAUGAUUCUGAUGAUAAAAUAGAAUGUAAGAGAAGUGAAGAAUUAAAAAAACCUGAAGAGAAUGAACUUGUUGAUGAGGAUUCGCCUGAAACCAACAAAAAUGAUGAUUCUAUUAAAGAAACUGACUGUGACAAAAGUGAGGAGCUAAAAGAUGAUUCAGUUGAAGAAUGUGAAAAAAAUAAAGAUGAAUCUGUUGUGGAAGAAGAAGAAAAAAUGGAAGUAGAUAAUGUUGAUAAAAGCACUGAUAAAGUAUUAAAAGAAGGUGAGAAAAUGGAUGUAAGUGAUCAGAAAAAUAAUUCUGAGGAAAAAAGUAAAGAAAAUAAAGAAGAAUCCAACAAAUUGGAUGAUAAAGUUGAAUCGGUGAAUAUAAGAAAGGAGAAUGCAGAAAAGGAAAAACCAGGAAAUACAGAUGAGACUGAUAAUAACACAGAUUCUAUUCUAAAGGAUACUUUAACGACAUCUGAAAACUAUGAUGAUAAUUACAUGGACGAUGAUUUUGAUACAUCUCUUCUGUGUCCUGAAGUAUCCAUGGAUAUUGAAGAGGGUGCUGUUAAUACUAACAGUGAUGCAGUACCAAAUGAUGGAUCCACAAGUCCUUUGCUGUAUGAACCGAUAUUUUCCACUUUGGUUGAUGAGAUGACUGGUGCAGAAAUUUCCUUUAAUUUGACUGUAGAAGAGCAGAAGUUAAGAAAUGACACCUAUGGACCAAACAACCCAAUAGAGUUAACGAAGGUGCACUGCACCGCGUGCAACGUUCACUUGGGUUCGGCCCUAGACUCGCAGAAAAACCGAUUUAUCCAUCCGCUGCUCAAGGUGUUGGUCUGCAAGGAAUGCUACCAUUUCUAUUGCAGCGGCGAGUUCGAAAAGGACGAGGACGGCAGCGAGCUCUACUGCAGAUGGUGCGGCCAGGGCGGCCAAGUGUUUUGCUGCUCCCGCUGCGAGUACGUCUUUUGCAAGAAAUGUGUUCGGAACAACUUCGGGCGCAAAAAAAUGAUGGAAGUAAAUAGGAGCGACGAAUGGGAAUGUUUUCGUUGCGAUCCCGCUCAGUUGGCACCAUUGCGAGCCCACGCUUUUGAAUUAUUCGAAUACGUUCGUAACGAAACAUCGCGCGCAGCUACGUUAAACGAGCCGUCGUUUUUGACGACGGACCACUCGCAGUGCUGCGGUAGGAAAAAGUCGGAGGUCAACAAGGGGGUGGCGGCACUGGUGGAAGGCGAGAAAACGCCAGGGAAAACGCCGUCGAGAAAGAGGCGCAGAAAUAGCAACGACGAUCCCGAUUACGCUCCGAUUGAUGACACCAUCGAUUUACCUAAGCCCACCACUUCCAACACUCCCGUCAUGAAAGCAAACCUGCCGCCGCUGCAACCGAAUCCCUUCGCCGCCAAGUUCAACAUGCCCGGAAUCACGUUGGUGCCGCCCACGAAGAAGGACGGCAACUCCAUGAAGCCCAUGCUCGUAAUGAACAAAUCGGGACAGCAGAUGCCCAGGCUGAUGGGGCCCAACGUCAGGAUGCGCGGCCCUGGUCAAACCGCAUCGCACGGCUUCGUGAAAAUCGUUCCGGGUGGUAUGGGAGGGCAGCGCCCGCCCAUGCGAAUCGGCCAGGCGCGCGGCCAAUGGGUGAGCCAGGCCAAGGGAGCGUCGCCUCGCACCCCCACGAACGCCCCUCGUGCUUCCGCGCCCUCCCCCGCCGCGGGGGCGGCGAUCAAGCGACCCGGACAGAUGCGCCACGAGUGGUUCGAGAAAACGGUGCGUUCCACCGCCAAGGUGAACUCGAACUUGUCGUACACGUUGACGCAGCUGGGCAGGGCGCAGGCGCAAGCGAGCACCGUCGAAGCUUUGGCCGUGGUCCACAACAAGCUGCAGGAGAUACUGAGUUCUUCCAUUAACUCGCUGAUUCAGAUCAGAAAGAACCUGCGCACGGAGUUCAUUUCGGGCAUCAAAAAUAUCCGGUUUCCGCCGAAAGAACCCAUCAUCACCAUACCCGACGACGACGUGGUUAUAGUUAACAACACGACGACGGAGCCGCCUCCGUUGGCAACACUUCCCUCUGCGAUCACCUUAUCGUCCUUGGGCAACAAGGAGAACAAAUCCUCGAAAGAGGUACCGAAACCGUCGUCGACGAUCGUGAAACUGCCCAAGUCGUCGAAAAAACCGCCCGGUGGUUUUCUGCGAGUUAAAUCCUUUUCCGCGCUUCAAACCGUACCCUCGGAGUGCAUUACGAUUCCGGACGAUCCGGACGACGUUACGCCGGUCAUCGAGCCGGAAAAGGACCCCUUGGACAUCAGCGACGAAAAGGUGGAACCAGAGAAAAAGAAGGAUGAUGCCGAAUCGAAAGACGACGAUAAAGAUCCCAAAGGUGCUAAAAAAGACGAGGAAGAGGAAAAAACGGUAGAAACAAAAUCUGACGAUGUUGAAAAAGACGACAAAGAUACAACAACCAAGGAAGAUGAAACGACCGAGGAAGAUAAAACAACCAAGGAGGAUAAAAUAAUCAAGGAGGAAAAAACAAGCAAGGACAAAGACAAAGUUUCGGAAAGAAGCGAUAAAAGUGAUGAAAAAUCCGAAAAUUCCGGCAAACCGAUUAGAAAGGGCAUCAAAAUAAAAAUAUCGAAAAAGCUUUUCGAGCAUCUGCCAAAAGUUGAGAUUAAACAGGAGCCGGUAGAGAAGGAAGAGGCGACGGCGGUGAACGGAAGCGACAGCAAAGGUUCCUAUCCGACGCGGAAACGGAAACUGACGUACAAUUCCGAUGAACUAAGGAAUCCUGAUGCGAAUUUAAAGCACAUCUUGUCGGCGCGCAUCACCAUCAAAAGGUCCGAGGAACUGGAGAAAAUGUGCACGGACGAAUCCGCAAAGACUAACGGUUCCACGUCCGACUAAAGACUAAUUUGAAUUUUAAAAUAAGUGUAAAUAGAAUGAAUAAUUGUGAAGCGUUCCGUUGACAACACCGUGCGUGUUUUUCUAUUUUACAUUUUGAUUUUUAUUAUUAUUAUUUUAGGUUAUGCAGCUCUGCAUUUCUAUGGUUAAUUUAUGCGUUGUACAAAAAUUGAUUAUGUUAAUUUUUUAAUAAUAACGAUAUAACAAUAAAACAAAGAAAUUAUUUUGUUAACACGACUUUUUUCCUUUAGAUUAUCCCACGGGUUACAUACGAUUUUUUCCAACUCCCGCCUCCUCGUCCACCCUGAUUCUCCAGAGUCAUUCCCCAUCUAUCCCUCCCAAAAGCUCGAGCAAGCCCCCCGAGUGGUUCGAGCGGACGGUGCGCUCCACCGGGAGGGUCACCUCCAACCUCUCCUACGCCCUCACGCAGCUGCAAAAGGUGAAGAUGCACAACGCGCCGAUAGAGGCGCUGGCGGCGGUGCACAACAAGCUGCAGCAGGUGCUCAGUUCCUCGGUGAACGCUUUGAGUCACGUGCGGAGGAACUUGCGCAGCGAAUUCGUGGCCGGCAUAAAGAGCAUAGAGCCGGUGGCGGAACCGCAAAGCCUCAACGAGUUUCGCGUCAUUUUGCCCAAAGAAAACAAACCCCCGGUGGUUGCGAAAGGCGGUCAGCCGGCCAUGGGGUACAUAAGGGUCAGGGCGUUUUCCGAUCUUCAGGAAGACCCCACUCCUCAAAUGGUAAAACGUAGGGAGCACGGCGUGCGUAAAAAAAUUAAAAGGAAAUCUUCUUUUCGUUUAAGUGAGUUAAGGGAGCCGUCUUCCGAGUUGAGACAUAUUUUGUCCCCCAAAGUUUAUCUCAAGAGGGACUGUCGCAUCGAGAGAAUAUUGAGACACAAAAGAAAAUCGAACCAAAUGAAUUUAAGUUAAAUAAUCGUUAAAAAAU